UUACGACCGAAGCCACAGAUUGGAAGGCUCAUGUCAGUCAAAGUUUCGAAUGUUAUUCAAGCACGUGUUUAUCGUAUUUGUACUUUCAUUCUUAUCGCGUAUAUAAAUAUAGUAUUCAUAAAACUUAAAAAUGACGCUUAAAUCCAUAGAAGAAAAACAAGAUUAUAUGAAUAAUUUAAAAGAUGGACUCAUUGAUUUUGUCGCUGGUUCACUCGGUGGAAUAGCAUUAGUAUAUGUUGGUCAACCAUUGGAUACAGUGAAAGUAAAAAUGCAAACAUUUCCAUCGAUAUAUAAAGGAAUGAUUAAUUGCUUUGUAAAAACAGUAAAAACAGAUGGAAUAAUAAGAGGUUUAUAUGCAGGAACUAUGCCUGCUGUUGUAGCUAAUGUAGCUGAAAAUUCAGUAUUAUUCACUGCUUAUGGUGGAUGUCAGAAAGUUGUUUCUAAGAUAUUAGGUAAAGAGAAAGUCGAGGAUCUUAGUUCACUAGGCAAUGCAUGUGCUGGAUUUUUUGCCGCGUUCUUUUCUUCGUUAACAUUAUGCCCAACGGAACUUAUAAAGUGUAAAUUACAAGCAAUGCAUGAAGUGCAAAGUCAAAUGGAUAUAGCAAACAAAGUUAUGACACGAAUAGGACCAUGGGAAUUGACAAGAAAUAUUCUUAGAGAACAAGGUAUAAGAGGUUUAUUUGUGGGGCUAACAUCGACCAUAGUCAGAGAAAUGCCAGGUUAUUUUUUCUUUUUUGGUGGAUAUGAAGUUACAAGAGAACUCUUAGCAAAACCAAAUCAAAAGAGAGAUGAUAUUGGUUGGCAGAAAACAAUGGUAGCUGGUGCUGUUGGUGGUACGGUUCUCUGGCUUGUAAUUUUUCCAGCAGACGUAGUUAAAAGUAGAAUACAAGUACAAAAUCUAAAAACACCUGCCUUAGUAGUCAUGAAAGAUAUUAUAAAACAGGAAGGAAUUGGGGCAUUGUAUAAUGGUCUAAAACCGACUUUAAUAAGAACAAUACCAGCGACUGCAACGUUAUUUAUAACUUAUGAAUAUACUAAAAAGCUAAUACACAGAUUUGUUAAUAAUUAACUUUCUUUUAUAUCAUUCCUAUUUGUUAAUGUGUGUAUAUAUAUAUAUAUGUUACUACAUCAGAAUAUAAAAGAGAACAAAUGAAGAAUAAUAAUAAUAUAUAGAAUAUACUGCUUAACUUGACCAUCUCAAAAUAUUUCUAAUGUUUUAAUUGAAGUAGCAUAUUUCAUAUCAUAUAAGAUUUAAAAAAAUCUUUUUUCAUUUCAGUGUCUUAGACAAUUUUAUGUAUAUAUAAAAUAUGUAUAUAGUAUUAAAUUUCGAAAGUUUUGUGAUUUACAGAAAAUCUAUGAUCCAGAGUAAUACUAUUAUAAAUAGUAGAAUCAUUAGAAAAUGCUGGAUUGAAAUUUUUAAAAAUGUCAAU